AUGGAAAAUUUGAUUGGGAGUGAUGAUGAUAAUGCAGAGUAUGAAGGGGAUGGAGAAUCUGAAGAGGGUAAUCAAGAGUAUGAAGAGGAUGAUGAAUCUCAAGAAAGUGAUCCAAAUUUUGAAGAGUAUGAUGAAUCUGAAAAUAGUGAUCCAGAGUAUGAAGAAGAUGAGAGACAAAUAGAAGAUGAAGAUCAUAUGGAUGACAUAAUGGAUGUUGACAACAAUAUACAGGAUGUGGAUGUGGACAUGGGAGACUUCACUCUCAAUUUUGAAAGUGAUGUGGAAGGUUCUUGUAUAAAUGUUGUUCAUGGGCAUGAACCUGAAGAUAUGGAAGUGAUUAACAAUGAGGAAUUUGAAUCUUUGGAUGAAGGAUCCGACCAAGACAGAGAGAGAAGAGCUCUUAUUAAGAAUUUGAGAAAAGAAAAAAGGUGCAGUCUUGGGGCAGUACAUAAACAAUCUUUUUCAGUUGGAGAUAAAUUUAAUAGUAAAAAAGAAUUAAAGGAGGCAAUUGAUCUACAUGCACUAGAAUCAAGAAGGAAUCUUUUCUUUAAAAAAAUGACAAUGUUAAAUCCUGAAUCUAACUGGUUUAUAAGGACCUUAAACCAAACUCACACAUGUUUGCAAACAAGGAAACCCAGGGCUUGUACUGCUUCUUUAAUUAGCAAGAAAAUCUUUGAUCAAGUUGAGGCGAAUCCAGAUAUACCUUUGAGAGCCAUACAAGAUCACUUUCAAAAGACCUACCAAGUGGGUGUUAGUAUGGACAAGGUGUUCAAGGCAAAGGAUAAGGCAAGAAAGCAUAUAACUGGGGACUACACAAAGCAGCAUGAACUGUUGAGGGACUAUGUUCUCGAACUUCAAGCCACCAACCCAGACACCACGGUGAAAAUAGAUGUAUGUUCUGAGCCUAACCCUGAUUCCCCAACUAGGCAGUUUAGAAGAAUUUAUGUGUGCUUGGGUCCACUGAAAAAAGGGUUCAAGGCAUGCCUUAGGGACUUAUUAGGUUUUGAUGGUGCCUUCAUGAAAGGACCAUUCCAUGGGCAAGUCCUUUCAGCAGUUGGUCUUGAUUCCAAUAAUGGAAUUUACCCAUUAGCAUAUGGGAUUGUUGAGUCUGAAAACACAGAAAGCUGGAAAUGGUUUUUAGAUAACCUUGGGGAUGACUUGGACCUUGGAAGAAACUCAAAUUUUACUUUCAUAAGUGAUAGGAAAAAGGGUUUACAUACUGCAGUUGAGCAAAUUUUUCCCAAUGUUGAGCAUAGAUAUUCUACCACCAUUCCUGAGUUUGAACAUUUGAUGAAGGAGUUUAGUCACUAUGAUAAGGAGGCAUGUGAAUGGUUGAAGCAAAUUCCUCCUAAACAUUGGGCAAGGAGUCAUUUUUUAGGAAGUGCAGUUUCUGAUGUGUUGAUAUCAAACAUGUGUGAAGUGUUUAAUGGGAAGAUAGAGAAAGGAAGGGAUAAACCUAUCGUUGGAUGUUUAGAAUUCAUAAGGGAGUAUCUAAUGAAGAGGAUAUGCAAUGUCAUGAAGGGAAUGAAAAAGGCUAAAGGUCCACUAACACCCACAGGAACAGAUAUCCUAGCUGCAAGAAAAACAGUUGCUUCACAAUACAUUGCUAGGUGGAAUGGGGGAGACAAGUAUCAAGUCACAGGAGCUUUGCAGGAUCAACAUGUGGUUGAUGUUAGGAACAAAACAUGCACUUGCAGAAAAUGGGAAUUAAUUGGAAUUCCAUGCAGACAUGCAAUUACAACUCUGAAUGAGAUGAAUAAAGACCCAAAGGCUGAGCUUGACAUUUACAAAUGGGUUCACAAGGUGUAUUUUCUAGAGACAUGGAAAAAGGCUUAUUCUUUUAAGGUGGGAAGGCCUAAGAAAAAGAGAAGACAAAGUGAGAGUGAAAGGUUAAGCAAAAAGCAGAAGGCAAGUCAAGGUGAUGGAGUGAAUGCUGCACAAGAAGGAGGUUCCCAAAAACCAACAAAUGAUGGAGUGCAGAAGCUAUCAAGGAAGCAUAUCAGUGUUACUUGUAGCAAAUGCAAGAACAAGUGA